GCACGAACUUUCUAGGCUGCACAAUGCUUCGAAUUGGGAUAUUCGCGCUAUUUCUUCUCUGCACAGCCAGAGGCUCUGAAGUUUGCUAUGACAGGCUGGGAUGUUUCACAGAUGAUAUGCCAUGGUCUGGAACUGCAGAGAGACCAAUUUAUAGGUUACCCUGGAGCCCAGAGAAGAUAGGUACCCAGUUCCUCUUACACACAAGAGAAAAUGGUAAUAGCAAUCAGGAGAUAUCUGCAGUUAAUCCCUCAACAAUUGGGAGCUCAAACUUCAAAACAAGCAGGAAGACAAGAUUUGUUGUUCAUGGAUUUAUAGAUGAAGGAGAAGAAGGCUGGACCUCAGAUCUGUGCAAGAGGAUGCUUACAGUGGAAGAUGUGAACUGUAUUGCUGUAGACUGGAAAAAAGGUGCAAGGUGUCAGUACUCUCAGGCUUCGAACAACGUCCGUGUUGUAGGUGCUGAAAUUGCAUAUUUUAUCAGCGUGCUCGCGGAUCAAUAUUCAUACUCUUCAGCCAAUGUCCACAUCAUUGGUCACAGCCUUGGAGCACACGUGGCAGGAGAGGCUGGCAAGAGGAGGCCAGGGGUUGGAAGAAUAACUGGACUGGACCCUGCCCAACCUUAUUUUCAAGACACUCCAAUUGAAGUCAGGCUGGAUAAAAGCGAUGCAGAGUUUGUUGAUGUUAUCCACACAGAUACAGCUCCCAUAAUUCCCAACUUAGGUUUUGGAAUGGCCCAAGCAAUAGGACAUCUUGACUUUUAUCCAAACGGAGGAGUGGAAAUGCCAGGAUGUGAUAAGAAUCCUCUUUCACAGAUUAUAGACCUUGAUGGCAUCUGGGAAGGAACUAGGGACUUUGUGGCCUGCAAUCACCUCCGCAGCUACAAGUACUACUCUGACAGUAUUGUCUACCCUGAUGGAUUUCUGGGCUAUGCUUGUGGUUCAUAUGAUGCUUUUAAAGAAGGCUGUUUCCCAUGCCCAAGUGGCGGAUGCCCCAGCAUGGGUCACUAUGCAGAUAAAUUCAAAGGGAAAACUUCAGGUUCUUUUGUGAAACUUUACCUGAACACUGCAGAAGCCAAGGACUUUCCUCUUUGGAGGUACAAAGUAUCUGUGAAGCUCUCUGGAAGUUCUAAAGUAAAAGGAUAUGUAAAUAUUGCCCUGUAUGGCAAUGAUGGGAACACAAGGCAGCAUCAGAUUUUUGAGGGAUCCCUCCAACCAGACAACACUUACACAGCCUUUGUUGAUGCAGAACACAAAGUUGGAAAAGUUACAAAGGUUAAAUUUCUUUGGAACAACAACGCAGUAAAUCCAACUCUGCCUAAACUGGGAGCCGCAACUGCCACAGUGCAAGUUGGAGAAACUGGAGAAGUAUUCAACUUCUGUGGUUCUGAGACAGUGAGGGAGAACGUUCUGCAAACCCUUACUGCUUGCUAACAAUACAUACAGAUGCCCAAAGUCUCGCUGCCAACAAACACUGGUCAAGCAUUAAAGACCAGACUCUGCAGUCUUUACAGCUAUAAUGGAAGCUUCACAUGCUGAUUAAUAAAUUGUACCUUUUAGAUGCAGGCAUGCAAAAAGAAACCUUCCUUGCUCUAGAAUGCUAACGAUCAAUCAAUCAAAAUAAAUAAUAAUUAUCCAGGACAUUUU